UGACGUUUUGUUUUCAUUCAAAGUACUCUACUUACAAAAUAUGUACUAUGGUGUUAAACAGAUGUUUAAAUUUUACAAUAGCUAAUAAAUAUGAAAGCAAUGGAUAAAAAUUAAAGAAACGAAUGGCUUUUUGAUUGAAAUAUCAAACUAGCAAAGUGACAGAUAUGGAUGCAGCAGUUGUUACAGCAGCUUUGAGUUUCGUUUUACUAUAUCCUAGUGUACACUGUUCUAUGAAGAAAGGUCUAGGCGUUUCUCCUACAUUAUACAAAUGUGAUGACCUUGCAGCAUUCACAAACAUGUACUGGUGGUACGACUGGGGCGCCAAUUUUGAUGUAAUUGAAAAACACAGUAAAUGCGAUUUGAGCUCACAUAGUGAUACAUACGUUCCUAUGAUAUGGGGAUACAGAUCUUCUUGGCCGGCACGAGUGCGAGAGAUAGACAAGACAAACAAUAAGUUUUUAUUAGGUUUCAACGAGCCCAAUCAUCAACAUCAAUCUGACUUGACCCCAGCUGAGGCUGCUGCAGCCUGGCAUUUGGUGGAAGAGGCUGCGAAUGGAGCGAAAAUUGUUGGCCCUGCGGCGGCUGAAUGCGGCGCAGAUUGUAACGGACAAACAAUCGAAUGGUUUGAUGCAUUCUUUGAUAUUUUAUGCGAAAACGAAACUUCAUCCCCGUGUAGGAUGGACUAUCUUGCAACUCAUGUAUACUCGUGCAGUGCUACACAAACGAUGAAUUUUCUGCAAACACUUUAUCAGAAAUAUAAUUUAAAAAUUUGGCUUACGGAAUUCGCAUGUCCUAAUUCAGACUACCCAGAGGAACAGUUAUAUGAAUACAUGCAACCAUUGUUGGAUAUGCUUGAAGACGCGGAUUUCAUAUACAAAUAUGCAUGGUAUAUGGCCCGCUCAAAUGAUACCCAUGGUAGGUUUGUAACAAGGGCAGUAAGUCUGUUGGACCAGACGACCUCAGUACUUACCGAACUUGGUCAAUAUUACAACAAUUUCUACAGACCAUUUACGACAACUACCGAAAAGGCAACAAGUAUUACUACUUCUUCUUCUACCUCUUCUACAACUUCUACGACCUCUGUCCAAAGUACUUCAACAUCUGCAUCAACAUCAACCACAUCGGCAUCAUCAACCACAACAACCACAUCGACAUCUUCGACCACAACAACAGUCCGGCCGUCAACAACGACUUAUGCAGGAACUACUGUAGAUAGUGGUACCGUUACAUAUUAUUCUAUGUACAACAACGUUGUGUUUACUUUAGUAUAUGUGUGUAUAUCUUAUUUUAUUUUGUUUUAAUAUCUUUCUCCUUGUUAGAAAUUUCAUUCAUAUUAUGCAUAUAUCAAAAAGGAACUAAAGUAAUAAAAAAUCAAUAAGGGCCUGAUGUCAAACGUUUUACUUUGAAUGAAACAUACAGGACAACACCAUGAUAAAGUUAUCAAUAACUAAACUCAAGUUGUUCACGAAAAGCUAACUGUUGAACGAAAUGUAUAAUUAAUUUCAGACUAGUUUACAUGCUUAUGUUCAUCAAUUAUCACUCAUAUAAUAAUAUUGUAUGCGAAAUGGCAGAAUCAAACAAAACUUUAAAAUCAAAACCAAACGUCAACAUUCUUUAUCUUCUUAUUUUUAAAUUAUUACAAUUAUUGAUUUACGCUAAGACAGGCGAUUAAAUAAUAUU